CCGCUCAGCAGAGACGCACCAGCCGUCACCAAGAGGUCGGAAUUAAAACACAAAAACAUAAAAAAAAAAAAAGCGAAAAGAAGGACUACUUAGAACAGGAACAAGUGGACGGAAUACAACUUGUAGAUCUUUUGUUUUUUCUCUCCUUUUUUUUCCUGAAAGUCAUUGGAAGUUUUGACAUCAUGAGGACUUUCCUUGUUGCGCUCCUGCUGGUUCACGCCUUGGUGGUGUCCAGACUGGCCAGCGGUGCUGCAGUUGACCGGUAUGAGAGCGACAGGCAGCGGCACACGUCUGUUAUCAACCUCUUGGACACAACCAAAGACAGGAGGGCGGAGGAGGAGGAUGCGAGCAGGAGUGCGACCACGGUGCAGCACAGCGAGGAGGAUGAGGAGUACGACGAUGAAUAUUACUAUGAAGAUGAAUACGAGGAUGGCAUGUCCGGAGACUAUGACUUGGAGCUGCCACGAGUCGCCAUGUCAAGCAAACCCAAAGACCCGUCUGCCAUCCUGGACGCCGACGGCACUGAGGGAAAGAGAAGGAGAGGAAAGGGAAGGAAGAAGGGCAAGGGGAAGAAGAGGAAUCCCUGCCUGAAGAAGUAUAAGGAUUUCUGCAUUCACGGCACAUGUCAGUACCUGAGGGACAUCCGCACCCCGUCUUGUGUGUGCCACCCGAAUUACUCCGGUGAUAGGUGUCAGUUCAUCACGCUGCCCGUGCAGUCUCCUGAGGGCUACAGCCGGACCACGGCCCUGGCGGUGGUGGCAGUGGUGCUGUCGUCCGUGUGCCUCACCAUCAUAGGCCUUUUAUUAAUGCUCAGGUUUCACAAACGCGGAGCGUAUGAUGUAGAGAAUGAGGAGAAGGUCAAACUAGGGUUAGCGUCCAACCACUGAAGAGACAAAGAGAGGUGAGUAAGGCAAAGAUGCAGAAAUUCUACCUCAAAAUGAAUAAAAGAGAAGUGAACCGCAGCAGGAGGUCCCAGAGGAAGAAAAAAUGAACGUACGUGAAGAAGGGAACGGAGGGCGACCGCCCGACGUUCUGCCAGACGUUCAGAGACAGAGCGGGCAGCUGAACGUAUUCCCGAUGGCCUCAGAAGAAGGCGGCCCGUCUGGAACUGGAAUACUAAAUGGCUCAGAGGGGAUGGACUGGAGAUGUGUCGAGAGUUGGGCGAUGAUCGCGAUGGAACGAGGAGGAGGAGGAUGAGGAUGAGGAACAAACUCUGUGCUGCUUCUUGACUGUGUGAAAAAAAAAAGAAAAGUUUCAAGUGGAACUGAUGUUAUGAACAACAACGAGAGCUCAAUCUGGACAGCAUUUUGUAUUUUUUCCUGCACAAGGCCAUCAUUUGUUUGUUUUUUGUUCUCUUCUUUUUUUCUUUUUUUUUUUCUUUGUGUGUACAGUAUAUUUAUAAUUUUAAUUUAUUUAUUUAAGCUAACUGUAUUUAUGGAGAUUUUUAACCAUCCUUCCGGCAGUUUUUAAAAAAUAAUAAUGUUACAGUUGUUUUUAUAUUUCUUAUUGGAACGAUAUUUAUUUAUGAAACGAAAAAGCAAACAAUGCGGAAGCAUCUUGAGUUAUUAAGUCUUUCAUCUAAGGAGCUGUAAUGCUUAAAUUUUAAUUUUCGCACUCGGUAGAUGAUCAAUAGCACUGUGAUUAAUACAUUGAUCAUUGAAUAGAUCAGAUUAUUAUUAUUAUUAUUAUUAUGUUAAAUGUUCAGGGUAGUUUAAAUGAGAGCAACGCCCUGUUUCCACUCACACACAUUCAUGCCUUCCCAUUAAGUGGCUUCACUUUGGCAGUUGAGGGUUCAGUGCCUUGCUCAAAGGCACAUCAGUAUUGGUAAUAAGGGAGCCCUGCUCUUUCACUCCACCCCAACUCUAUCCUGCAGGUUCGGGGAUCUUCAGGCCACAUUAGGCUUUGUGUUCUGCCUUAGUUUUACAAUGACAGACCAGCAUAGGUCACUAGAUUAUUAUGGUGCACUGGUUGUGUAUUGAUUAUAUGCAAAAAAAAACAAAACAAAAAGUAAAAAAAAAAAAAAACUGCGCUCUCAGCAUCUAUAUUGCUAAGAAACUUUUUUUUUUUUUAAAAAAGGGAGUCAAAUAUUAAAUGCACUGUAGCAAUAAUUGGGUAUAAAGAUGUUGUCAUGUCUUACCAUCAUUACAAACUGUUAAGCUGUCAAGGAAAAGAGAAAAAAAAUGUGAAUUCAAGUGUUCUACCCUUUCAAACCCUGUCCUGCAGUUUUGAAGUGAUUUUUAUUUGUGAUUUUUUUUUUUUUCAGAGCAAAAAUAAAACAAGAUUAUCUGAA